AUUAAGCUUAAUUAAUUAUUUUUGUAAGUAAAACCCCAACCUAAAGAAAUAUGGAGAAACAACUAAAUUUGUUUCUCUUAUUAUGUUCUUUAGGAUUUUUCUUCGUCUUAACUUGGGCACAAAAUUUCAACAAUGAAGAAGAAUCUCAUAGGUAUUGGAAAUUACGUGAACAAGAAGCCAAGAAGAGAAUUGGGGAAGCUUACCACCCUUAUCCUUACAACGUCACCAACCACCUUAAUCUCCGAGCUCAUUUGUUACAAAGAAAGUGGGAAAAGAAUGAAGCAACUAAAGUAGGAACAAACAACACAAGAAGGGGAUUAGCAAAGGUAUACAGGAGAAGCUGCAUGUAUACAAAUCCGAUCGAUCAAUGUUGGAGAUGCCAACCUAAUUGGGAAAAGAAAAGGAGGGUUCUAGCCAAAUGUGCAUUAGGGUUCGGUAAAGGAACCAUCGGAGGUAAGCUAGGGCGCAAGUAUUUGGUAACCGACUCCUCAGAUGAUGAUAUGGUUAACCCUAAACGUGGAACUCUACGUCAUGCAGUCAUACAAAAAAUACCUCUAUGGAUCGUGUUUGCUAAACCUAUGACAAUUAGGCUCAAUCAAGAACUAAUAAUGACGAGCAAUAAAACUCUGGAUGGUCGAGGAACAUUUGUUAGUAUCGAAGGCGGAGCAGGUAUCACUAUCCAAUUUGUAGAAAAUAUCAUUAUCCAUGGGAUUAGGUUUCGAAACAUAGUCUCCGGAACAGGAGGAAUGAUCAGAGAUUCAGUUGAUCAUUAUGGUUUCAGGACUCCAAGUGACGGAGAUGCAAUCUCUAUAUUCGGAUCUCAUCAUAUUUGGAUAGAUCAUUGCUCAUUCUCGAAAGCCUCAGAUGGGAUCAUCGACAUCAUUAAAGGAUCUACUGCCAUUACAAUUUCCAACUGCCAUAUAACUGAUCACAAAAGGGUAUUCCUAUUUGGUGCCAAUGAUGAGCACCAAGAAGAUAGACAAAUGCAAGUUACACUUGCAUAUAAUCAUUUUGGGAAAGGAUUAGAACAAAGGAUGCCAAGAUGUAGAUGGGGAUUUUUCCACAUAGUUAACAAUGAUUACACCCAUUGGUUAAUGUAUGCAAUUGGCGGUAGCAUGAACCCUACAAUUAUUAGCGAGGGAAAUCGGUUCAUUGCUCCUCCAAAUCCAAGGGCCAAGGAAGUUACACAUAGACAAAAGCCCCAAUCUAAAUGGGACACCGGAAUAUGGGUUUCAAACAAGGACAUGCUUGUAAAUGGUGCUACUUUCCAACAAUCUUUCCCUACUUAUAUUGCCCUAGAUAAAACUAGGAUGAUAUAUCCAAUGCCCGGGACAUUCGCCGGCCGGGCUGUCAAAUUCGCCGGACCAUUAAAAUGCACUUCUUAUUAUAAAUGCUAAUAUUUGUCGAUCGUUGAACUAGAAAGAGUCGUUUUUUGUGUCUUUACUAAUAGAGUAUAUAACAUAUUCUAAGACUACCACUACAAAUUUAACCAAAUAAUCGUAGUCCUAAAAUAUGUUAUAUAUAUCAUAGUUGGUUACCGUUGAUCAUAGAAAUACAAAUUUGCACAAAUUAAUGAAUUACUUGUAUGAAGUCAAUGGAACACAAUAAAAGAUCACUAAUAAUUAACAUGUAUUCCAU